AUGGUUGGUCGUUUGUCGGGUAUGUACCGUACAUGCUCGUUGGAUCUCAAAUUUACGAGCCUUCUACGUAAGUGUGCAUCGACCCGUCUCUUCUCUCAGGCUGCCGCUGAAGAAACAAGGCAAUCGGACGAUGGCAUGGGAUGCAGUAGGCUCAGGUCGCUCCCUCAAUCUUAA